AUGACAAAUAGUAAUAUUUCUAGUGGUAAUGAUAUAAUCCCAAAUAACAUAAAAAAUGAACAUAAUGAAGCUUUAGGUUACAACAAUUUAAAUAAUACAAAUAGUAGUAAUAUUGGUAUUACCUCCAACACAAACAAUACCAAUAUAGCCACAAACAAUGCAAACCCCUCCAACAACACACCAAAUAUUAAUAUUAAUACACCAAAUAUAACAACCACAAAUAUAACAACACCAAAUAAAAGGUCGACUACAGCAACAAAUAAUACUAAAAUUAAAAAUAACUAUACAAGAUUACCAAUUGAUAUAAGUAAAGAUUCAUUAACAGACCCAGUUAAUAUACCAUCUAAAUUCAAAUUAUUUCAAGCUUCGACCAAUAACAUUGGUAGUAUUUUUGGAAGAAUUCAAUACAAUUUAUUUGAUGGAUUUCGUGUAUCUGCUAGAUCAUUGGAUAGCCGUAUUAAAGCAACUUACGAGAAGCCAACUACACCAUCUACCCAAUCACCACCAAUUAAAUUUUCAGCAUCAUGGUACGAAACACCACGUGGUCUUAGAGAGGGUGACAUUGGUGUAAUGAUACCAAAUAUUUAUAGUAUUUAUAAAAGACAAAGUGCAAGCGUAUUUCAAGUAGGUUUAGGCCUCGGAUUACGUGUUCACAGUCUCAGUCGUAUGAUUAUAUCGCCUUUCAUCAAUCCAAGAUUCACCUAUUUUGGCAAAUUUGGUUGGUUGCAUUUGGAUGUUCCAAUUAAUAAAAAGAGCAACCGUAUCGUUCUAAAGCAUAAUAUGUUCUUUUCUAUUCGUGGUAACACUUUAUUAUCUAGUUUAGAAAUCUCAUCUCGAUUAGGUGAUAUGUCUCGUUAUUUUAGCGAUCAUUAUUAUAGUAAUAAAGUUUUUGAUGGUGAUAAUGAUAAUAAUUUUAGUAGAAGUACAAGUUUUAAUAGUUUGAGAAAAUAUCAAAAUAAUAAUAAUAAUAAUAAUAAUAAUAUAAAUAAUAAUAAUAACCAACAUACAAAUAAUUAUAGUAAUCAUAAUAAUUAUCCAUUAAAUUCAAGUAUAGGGUUACCAACUUUGUUGGAUUAUAAAAAUAGAAUAACUGAAGGUUCAAGAUUUUUCGAAGUAAUUCAUUAUAAAUUGGUUCAUGUUUCAAGUGCCACCGAAUUUGGUAUUCGAAGAAUUUCUAAACUUUAUGGUACUAAAUGGCAAUUGGAAAUUGGCCUUAAACAUCAAAUUACAGCAGGUGGUGCACUCCAAAGUCUUUUUACCCAUACAAUUGGUGAAAAAACUACAUUUGGUUUAAGUUUUGGUUUUGAUUUAUAA